CCCAAUCCCAUAUCCCCAGGUUUCACCCCUUAUCCUUCAGGCGAUCAUCCAGAAAGUGGACGAAAAUGGUAUAGGAAGGCAGCACACAGUACUGCAGCGAGAUAUGAGUAAGCGAAUGAAAAACAGCCAGUUUUUGUUGAUAUUUGGACCCACGACUCACUAUCUCGCACCGUGUUUACUGAUACCGUUAUGGUGACCCGUGAAGUCUUGUGACCUGUGAUAAACUGAGUCUUUGCAACACGAAAACUUUUAUGUUGCCGUGAGUGUGUUUGCACACAGUAGUUGUACAUCCGGCAGCCGAGUGGUAGUACAUAAUGCCGGAAUUAAGUGCGACGAAGUCCGAAGUUAAGAAGAGACUCGUACCUUUGGUGACUGCUGCCGGCAGUGGUGCGAGUCGGAAUAACCCCAGGAGGUUACGAUUUGCAACUGAAUCGCCACACACAUUGAACGUUCCGUUCAGUUUUGGUCUGCGGUUCCCUUCUCUUCCAUUGACACGUAAUGAUCGAUCAGAGAAUGAUCUGGACAGUUUCGCUGAAGGAGUGACUUCGGUGGAACACAGCUGGAUUGAUGAUCGAGAGUUAUCACACAGAAUUUUUGUCAAUCGCAGUCUGCACCUGGAGAACAUCAAGUUCUAUGGGUUUGAUAUGGAUUAUACAUUAGCAGAGUACAAGUCUCCACAGUAUGAGAGGCUGGGCUUUAAUCUAGUGAAGGAACGGCUGGUGUCCUUGGGUUAUCCACAAGAAAUCCUCGAGUUUGAAUAUGACCCAUCAUUCCCGGUCAGAGGCCUGUGGUUUGACUCUCAGUAUGGAACUUUACUCAAAGUUGAUGCCUAUGGUAAUAUUCUGGUUUGUGUUCAUGGAUUUGAGUUCCUGAAACAUUCGCAAGUAUAUGAAUUGUACCCUAACAAGUUCCAGCAGUUGGAUGAAUCCCGAGUGUACGUUCUCAAUACAUUAUUCAACUUGCCUGAGACCUAUAUGCUAGCAUGUCUCAUAGACUUUUUCACAAACUCACCGCAAUACACCAGGGAAAAGACUGGGGGGAAAGGGGGGGAAUUGUUUAUGUCCUUCAAGUCUAUCUUUCAGGAUGUUCGUAAUGCAGUCGAUUGGGUGCACAUACAGGGAGAUCUAAAAUCUCAGACUAUAAAGAACUUGGAUGAGUAUGUGAAGAAAGAUGAAAGAUUACCAAUGUUUCUAACAAGAAUCAGAGAGAGUGGAGCUAAGGUGUUCCUACUUACCAACAGUGAUUACCGCUUCACUGAUGAGAUAAUGACAUACUUGUUUGACUUCCCACAUGGUGCUAGGCCAGAUGAGCCUCAUCGUGACUGGAAAACAUACUUCGACACAAUUGUUGUAGAUGCUCGGAAACCCCUGUUCUUUGGUGAGGGGACUAUACUUCGUCAAGUGGACACUAGCACGGGAGCACUUAAAAUAGGUACCCACAUGGGCCCACUGCAAAAGGGACAAGUGUAUUCUGGUGGUUCAUGUGAUGUGUUCACUGAACUCAUUGGUGCAAAGGGGAAAGAUGUGUUGUAUAUUGGAGACCACAUAUUUGGCGACAUUCUCAAAUCAAAGAAGAUUCGUGGAUGGCGUACAUUUCUGAUUGUACCAGAGCUGGUACAGGAACUUCAUGUGUGGACGGAUAAGUGUCAACUGUUUGCUGAACUACAGGCUCUUGAUAUCAUGCUAGGUGAUAUGUACAAGAAUUUGGAUAGUAGUACAAAGGAAAAGCCAGAUAUCUCAAAAUUGAGGAAUUCAAUUCGGGAUGUAACUCACAAGAUGGAUCUGGCAUAUGGAAUGAUGGGAAGUUUAUUCCGGAGUGGAUCUCGGCAGACUUUCUUCUCAUCUCAGGUUGUGCGGUACGCUGACUUGUAUGCAGCCACUUUCCUCAACUUGAUAUACUAUCCAUUCAGUUACAUGUUCCGUGCCCCUGCCAUGUUGAUGCCACAUGAAUCAACAGUGGCUCAUGAGCAGAGGUUUGUGAUGGAAAGUCCCAUGAUUUCUCGUUCACGCGCAUUCUCAGUCACUGAUGAUGAUUCAUCUGAAAAUUGUGCUAAUCAUCACCAUUUGCUGGAACGGUCUCAUAGCCAAGUACCACACACGCGACCAGAGACACCACGAUGUGUGACUCAUAAUCAUGAUGAAGAUUAUUCAGACGAAGAAACUGACAGCAAGUCCUCAGAGGAGAAGGCAGGAUGAAUAGACAGGAUACAGUCUGGAGGUAACAGAUUCACCAUUAUCAAGUGAUGUAAGUGAAACCCUAUGACCAAAGACAUGGAUGAAGGCAUAAUAUUCAUACCUGUAGCUGACAUACUUGAUGGGAAUUUUAAAGAAUGCUUUAUACAUUUUUUCAAUGAAUAUUAAAGUACAAUGUGGGAUAUUUUUUAUUUUCCCAUGGUUGCUAAAGGUGAUGAAAGCUGGGUGUUGUGCACAGUGUUAUAGAUUCUGGAUAACUGGCUAUGAAAAUAAUGGUACUACUUACCCUUCAAAUUGUCCACAGUUUUAUUCUGCACAGGUUUAUCCCAAAUUCUUGAAUGUGUUCUUGAAUCAUCAUAAAUAGAAUUCCCUUUGUAAAGAGGGGUUCAUAUUUGCACAAUUAGAAUAAAAUUAUGAUGAAAAGAUGAUAUUGUGUGUAGUGCAUUCAGUGCUUCUAAGGUAGCUUUUGAUAGCAUACUGUUCCAAAGAAUUGGGGGAGGAAUUAUUUUGUUAGCAGGAAUAUUUGUGGGUGAGUUCCCCAGAAAAUUUGUUGGUGCUUAAGAAGUUGAUACUAGAGAAUACGUGCUGUUCUGUGCUUUCACGUAGAAACUGUUAAGUAGAAGUUGAACAGAAGACAUUUUUUUUCAUGCCCUUAAAAACUGUAUGACGCUUUCAAAAAUUUGGUGGCAUCCGUACCCAGAAGGAGAGUUACACGAUCCUUCAGAUCUUUGAAUUGAGGAAACUUGAAGGUAUAUUUUUUCAGGAAAGACAUGUCUCAUCAGCACUGAAAACAUGAAGAGAGCAGUAAUGCCCCAGUAAUUUUGACAGAGCUUCAGGAAAUGCUGCUUGUUUGUGGCAAGCACUUGCUGAUUUGCCAGAUGAUAGGUUUUUCAUAUUCAUCCUCUGCUUGAAUCUUGCAAACCAUCCAGCACUAGUCACCAGCUGUUUCACCCAUAUGCAUUUUAAUAUCCAGAGAAAGAUUACCCUAGCCAUAGCUUAUCAGAACUUAGUCCUUGCUUAAUUUUUGCUGAUUCUGAAUCCAAAUUGUUAAAUACCAUUCCAUUUCUUCAAUGGGGCCACUUCGUUUUUAUUAAUAAUCUUGGAUUGAAGGGAGCCUGCAUUGCAAACACAAUACUUUUGUUUGUGUUGUGAGAUGGUUCCAAAUGUUGAGUGAUUGACUUCACAAAUAUAAUCCAUGGAAAUAAGAGGCUCACUUCUUUCUGAUCAUUUCAUUAUAUUCAUAUUAGUUUCCAUCAAUAGCACUAGACAUUUUGCACUACUUUUAAAUGUAGAACCCAAACAGUCAUUAUUUUAUGCUUGUUUCCUAAGAGUAAUAAACAAAAGAAAGGCAUAUCACUGUCAGGUUAUGCCAGUACAGUUUCAGAUGCCCAGAACAACUGGAAGAUCAUAUCAUAAGUCAUGGGCAGGAGAUGGAAAUACUGUUUGUUCCAGCAGGUGUAUAUAUUUCAAGAGUGGGUGCUGUGUCCAUUUUCAGAAUAGGGAGUGACAUUUCUUUAGUAUGUGCAAUAUUUGUAACUGAAUUGUUUAUAGCAUGAAGAUUUGUAAGUUGAGGCAUGCCUAUAAUGAAAAGCUUUCAAGCUUAAUUUUGAUUCUUUUUCUCCCUUGUAUAAGUGUUAUCAGAUCACAGUUGUCAUACCUGUUAAUACAUCAUUGAAUGGAUUUGAUGAUUACAAGCAUCUACUCCAGUGUAUGUAAUUUUUAUGUUCACGAUGUGUUGUGGAAAGUGUAGUCUGAACUCAUUUGCAGGGUUACAAGAUUAUAAUAUAUUUGUAGGAGCUGUGUGUUGUCAAGCACAGGCUGAAAAAAAGCUCAAAUCAUAACCAUUUGAACUCUUCCUGGUCAUAGUUACUAAUAACAGAAAUGUUAAAAAAUAUUGUUAAAUGACCAGUUACAUUAUCAUUCUGAUUGUAUGUUGUAAAGGCAUGUUUUAGUAGUGAUUUUAAUAUAAUAAAUGUUUUGUACUUGUUAUAAAAAUGCAGUGAAAGUAUUUCAUAUUUAUGUAGGUAAAUUUUAUCACAACUUUGUAGAUAAGGUAGUUCCUCAGUGUUAUCUAACUCCAUAAUAAUGUGCCAUUGUUUUGUAUUUUAUGUCUUCAUUAAGUCUUUCUAAAUAUGUUUAGGAUACAAUAACCGGACAGUGAAUUACAAGACAGUUGGUAAUUCAAAACAUGUUAUUAAAAUUUAAAUUGCUUAAUAUGGAUAAUGAACAGAAAACAUAGUAAAGGAUUAUGGAUACAGAGGUA